UCUGAUAAGGUAUUUGUGUAGACCUGAUGAUGCCGGCCGGCGCCUCUCUCAUUUCCCGUUUUGUACUUUGCACCGGUGCACGUCCUUUGCCAGCUUAUUCGUUGAUAUCUUGUAGCAGUUUGCUGAAGUCGAGGUUCUAUCACAAAAUGCCUGCGGUGCCUAAUGCAACAUUGCUAACUGGGCUAAAAAUGCCCAUGGUGGGACUUGGAACAUGGAAGUCCAAGAAAGGUGAGGUGAAGGCUGCUGUAGAAUCAGCAAUUGAUGUAGGAUAUCGUCAUAUUGAUUGUGCUCUGGUCUACCAGAAUGAAAAUGAGGUUGGAGAGGGUGUGGAGGUGAAACUUACAGAAGGGAAAGUGAAGAGGGAGGACUUAUUCAUCACUAGUAAGAUCUGGAAUACAUUUCAUAACCCAAAAGAUGUGAAGCCAACUUUGAUGGAUUCUUUAAAAUCAUUGAGAACUGAUUACCUUGACCUUUAUUUAAUGCAUUGGCCGCAGGGAUAUGUGAACGGUGACAAAGGUUUGUUUCCAAAAGACGAUAAUGGGAAAUUUAUUUACAGCGAUGAUGAUUAUGUGGAUACUUGGAAGGAAUUGGAGAAACUUCAGAAAGAAGGUCUUGUGAAGAACAUUGGUGUUUCAAACUUCAACGAAUAUCAAAUUAACAGAAUAAUUAAAGAAUGUUCUGUCGUUCCUGCUGUCAAUCAAGUUGAAUCUCAUCCAUAUUUAACGAACGAAUUGUUACUGAAGUUUUGCAAAUCUAAAGGAAUUGUACUCACUGCAUACAGUCCAUUGGGAUCUCCUGAUAGACCAUGGGCAAAGCCGGAAGAACCGGUGCUUUUAGACGAUCCCAAGAUCAAGAAAAUUGCUGAAAGAUUGGGGAAGACAACUGCUCAAGUUGUGUUGAGGUAUCAGGUUCAGCGUGGUGCUGUAGUGAUACCAAAGAGUGUGACACCUUCACGGAUUGCUAGUAAUUUUCAGUUAUUUGAUUUCGAAUUGACUGACGAUGACAUGGCAGUAAUCGGAGGCUUCAACAAAAAUUUCCGGGGAUGUGGAUUGGAAUGGAUAAGUGAUCAUAAGUACUGGCCGUUCAAAGAAAAUUAUUCAGAAUGAGGAAUCGAACGAAUUUCUUCAAAUAUAAAUCAUGUUACUCUUACAGUUUGAAUCAAAGUUUCUCAAUUGUGCUGUUGGCGUCUAUGUUUUGCGGCUAGAUAAUUCAUUUGCUUGGUUACAGCAGCCAUUACGCAAAUGCAAGUUUAUUUUGUGCAAACUUUUGCAAUUGGUGAUUUUCCUAUAGGGUGUUUUUCCGUGUUUCAAUUGAUUAUAAUAAGAAUAAUAAUUAUUUAUUUUAUCCUCA